AUGGCUUCCAACGCAAUGUCCGCUCAGGCCGUCCGCCAGACAUUCAUCGACUUCUUUAAAGACAAAUACAGUCAUUCGUACGUCAAGUCCUCGUCGGUUAUACCACACGAAGACCCGACUCUACUGUUCGCCAACGCGGGGAUGAAUCAGUUUAAGCCCAUAUUCUUGGGAACCGUUGACCCGAACAGUGAUUCCUCGAAAUACCGACGAGUGGUGAACACCCAGAAGUGUAUCCGCGCCGGCGGUAAACACAACGACUUGGAUGACGUCGGCAAAGAUGUCUAUCACCACACGUUCUUUGAAAUGCUGGGCAACUGGUCUUUCGGAGACUUCUUCAAGAAGGAGAUCUGCUGCUGGGCUUUCGAGCUCUUGACACAAGUGUAUGGCCUGUCGAAAGACAGACUAUAUGUGACCUAUUUUGGUGGUAACGCCGACAGUGGCUUAGAGGCUGACGAGGAGUGUCGCCAGACUUGGCUGGACUUAGGGCUGCCAUCAGAGCGAGUGCUGCCCUUUGGAAUGAAAGACAAUUUCUGGGAAAUGGGCGAAACAGGUCCGUGUGGUCCCUGUUCUGAGAUACACUUCGACCGCAUCGGUGGCAGAGAUGCCGCAUCGCUGGUCAAUAUGGACGACCCGAAUGUGAUUGAAAUCUGGAAUCUGGUGUUCAUUCAAUUCAAUCGAGAAACCGAUGGUUCACUCAAACCAUUGCCUAAGAAACACGUGGACACAGGAAUGGGUUUCGAGCGACUGGUGUCUGUGAUUCAGCAA